AUGGUCGUGGAUACCACCUACUAUGACGCCUUGGGCGUGCAGCCUACAGCAACAGAGAUAGAGAUCAAGAAGGCCUACAGGAAGAAGGCCAUUCAACUACAUCCAGACAAGAACCCCGACGACCCCGAGGCAGACAGCAAAUUCCAGGUUGUAGGCGAAGCGUACCAGGUCCUUAGUAACACCGAGCUUCGAAAACAAUAUGACAAGUUUGGCAAGGAGAGCGCAAAGCCGGACUCGGGCUUCGAGGACCCGGCGGAGUUCUUUGCGCUUAUCUUCGGCGGUGAGGCGUUCGUAGACUGGAUUGGCGAGAUCAGCAUGAUGAAGGACCUGACAAAGAGCAUGGAAAUCUCGAUGAAGGAUAUGGAGGAGCAGGAGCAGACUGGAGCGGAAGCGGCAGCGAAUGCAUCUACCCAUGCGCAAGAGCAGACCGCACAGAGCACGACUGGUGCACCUCAGCCUCCACCAGCACAGGCAGAGCAUGUCCCCGAACAGCCCGCAGCGGCCGGCGCGACCACCGAGAUUCCCAUCCGCGACUCUCAACCUCCCUCAGCAUCAGGCACCUCCACCCCACGCCCCCAAGGCGUCCCCACCCGCCUGGCCAUCACCGACCGCACCGAAGAAGACGCCGCCGCAGCCGCCGCCGGCAUGACGGAAGAAGAGAAGCGCCUGCGCGAAAAGGAGAAGAAGAAAGCCCUCUCCAAAGAGCAGAGAGAAGAACUCGCCGCCUUCGAAGCCGAGCGCCUCCGCGUCCGCACCGAACGCAUCAACACCCUCUCCCGCAAACUCAUCGACCGCAUCUCCGUCUGGACCGAGACCGACAAGGGCCCCGACGUCACCAUCGCUUUCCGCGAGAAGAUGCGCCUGGAAGUCGAGAACCUCAAAAUGGAAUCAUUUGGUCUGGAAAUCCUGCACGCGAUCGGGCAGACGUACCUCACCCGCGCCACGACUUUCUUGAAGAGCCAGAAACCCAUCAUUGGCGGCGUCAGCGGCUUCUGGUCCCGGCUCAAGGAUAAGGGAUCCAUGGUCAAGGACACGUGGGGCACGGUGUCCACCGCCAUCCAAGCGCAGAUGGAGAUCGAAGCCAUGGCGCAGGCGGAGGAAAAGGGAGGGGAGGACUGGACGGACGAGAAGAAGGCGGAGAUGGAGAAGCGGGUGACGGGGAAGAUUCUGGCGGCGGCGUGGCGGGGGAGCAAGUUUGAGAUUCAGAGUGUGUUACGUGAUGUGUGUGAUGAGGUGAUUUUCGAGAAGGGGGUCAAGGUGCAGAAGAGGGUGGAGAGGGCGCAGGCGUUAGUUAUUGUUGGAGAGAUAUUCGCGAAGGCCGAGCGCGACCCAGACGAAGAAGGCGAUUACAUGGCCUUUGAGCAACUCAUGGCCGAGGCGACCGCUAAGCGGGAGAAGAAGGAGGACAAGAAGGAGGACAAGAAGAAGGACGAGAAGAAGCAUCGGAGCAUGUUCGGCCACGGCAGCGGCAGUGGCAGCCAUGAGAAGAGCGGGAGUGAGGAGAAGACGCCGGCAUCGUAG